UUUCUUGUCUUGCAUUCUUUAAACUGUACGUUUCAGAUGUAUUUGAAUUCCCAUGGCCGCAAAAUUUCUGAUUUUGUUAUCCAAUUCGAAAUUCUUUUGAUGUCAUGACUAUAUGAAAUUUGGGUAUUUAAUUUAAUAUAUACUCUCUAUUAUUAUGGCAUGAGUUUUAUUUUUCUUCCAUCUGGUUGUUCUGGUCAAUAAUUCAUUGUAUUCUGUUUAUACUUCUUUACCUUGGUUGCUUUCAUGCAUAUACGUAUGUACAGACUGCUCGUAUACCUAGAAAACGUAAAGUCUUUUGUGUGCACUGGCGGUUUUGGUUCUAUUAUGGUAUAAUAGCCAGAGGAUAUGGCCGUCUCAUAUUGGAGAAUUAGGAUCUGCCAUAAUUUGCUACAAAGAUUUUAGCAUGGAAGACAACAUGGUUACCAACUUUUCUGUCAUAUGCACUAAGAGCUGCCUUUUUCCUAUGUUGUGCUCUACAAAGUGCAAUUUCUGCCAAAACCUUCAAAAGUGCCAAGAUCUUCUGAAGGCUUGAAGGCCAACCAAGUAGACAGUAGCUAUAUCUGACUGUCAUGAACAGUCAGAUCCUGGAUAAAAAUAUUGUGCAUAGGAUCUUGAGUCUGUAGGAAGUGCAUAUAUGAGAAGCUCUCAGAUGAGGGGAUGGAUUGUUGUCCUGUAUGUGACAUUGAGCUAGGCUGUCUUCCAGUUGACAAACUCAGGCCAGAUCACAAUUUGCAGGAUAUAAGGGCCAAAAUUUUCCCUUUCAAAAGAAGAAAGAUUAGUGCUCCUGAGAUUAUGCCUUCAACAUCACCUCCAGCAAAAAGGAAGGAAAGAUCACUAUCAUCAUUGGUAGUCAGCACUCCCAAAGUGCCAAUGCAGAGUGGCUUGACUGGAAGGAGAACCAAAGCUACUGCACGUAAAAGAGUUGCUGCUUUUCGAGGAUGUAAUUUCUCGGUUGAGGAACCCCUUAAGAAAGAAGAUUUUGCAGAAGGUCAUCCCUCAGGCUCAAGCUCACCCGAUUCCUUAAACAAAAAUAGUCAAAGUAAAAGGCAGGAUUCUUCCAUGGUGCAACCUUCUAGUGAACACAGGCAUAAUGAAGAUACAGAUGAUGUUGAAAUGAUGGAAGGCAAAGCAGAUCUGUGGACACCCUUAAACUGUCUUGUUGAAGCUGCUAACAGAAAGUCAUCUAAAUUAAAUUCACAGGGAUCGGCAGCUUCCAAGGCUGAGCCACAUAAUGGCCCUGAUUGUCACUCAUCUAUGCCUGAAAUGCAAGCUGACCCUAAAUCCCCCUCUGUUCCUGAUGGCAAGUUGUGUAUUCCUAAAACUAAGAGUAAGGAGCAUGGACAGAAUUCAAAAGUUCAGGAUGAAGAGAAUGGGACAAAUUUGAUUACAAGACCUGUGAAGCGUAGAAGGUUGCAAGCAGCAGCACAAAAGAAGGCAGCUGCCUCUGAGGAGCAUGCUGCCUCAGCUAGAGUCAUGCUAGACGCUUUGGGGGCUAAGUGGAAUAGAAAAAAUAGUCCAAUUUGGUUCUCGUUAGUUGCUUGUGAAGACCGGAUAGGACAUACUUCCCUGCCACAGAUUUCUGCAUGCUACUUGAGGAUAAAGGAUGGCAAAAUGCCUGUUUCAUUCAUCCAAAAGUACCUUGUAAAGAAACUUGAUCUUACAAGUGAAGCUGAGGUGGAGAUCAUGUGCCGGGGUCAGCCUGUUCUACCAACAUUACAACUUCAUAACUUGGUAGAUCUGUGGUUUCGUACUGCAUCAACGGCGAAAAAAGUUCCAGCAUUCGUUGGCUCCUCAGCUAAGGACUUUGUUAUGGUUCUAUCAUAUUGCCGAAAAGUCUAGGCUCCUUGAGGCAUCCAUCUAAUUUUUCCAUGUUUACCUUUAAAUCACUUGAACUCCGAUCAUCUAAAUAUAUGUUUUGUAAGAUCAUCAUAGUUGUAUACUAGUUUGCUGUCAUGUAUGUCAGUACCAUGCAUGUAAUA